AUGGCUUUGUGGGUCGUGUUCCUGGCUGGUCUGGCUGCCGCCCAGCUUGAUGGGGAUCGUCGAUCUGGUCAGGUCAUCAGGUGUCACACGUGCGAAGCCGACUUUUCCAGCGAGAGGUAUGACAUAACCCACCCGUGUCUCGUCGGAGAUCGCAGGGACAACAGUCGUGAUCUUGCACAAUGCAGCCGUAACUCUCGUUUCUGCAAGGCGGAGGUGACGCGACAGCAUGGGCUCCUCGUUUCCUUCGGGCGCAGUUGCGCGGAGUACUGCGUGGAGAAUUGCGUGACUAAAGGCUUUGGAAUCGUGCGCGAAACUUGUAUAUACUGCUGCACGAACGAUGCGUCCUGCAAGGAAACCGUCGGAGAGACAGCGGCGGCUCCGCAAGCUCGUGAGUACUCCAUGACAAUCAGCGAUGAUUCGAGCUCAAGCUUCUUCGCUGUCAUCACUGUCAAGGACGACGGGAAUACGAAGCCGCACUCGCACUCGUUGCAGUUUCUCUCCGGGACCGUUUGUCGUGCUAUCGAAUGA